UGUAUAAUAAUAUUGCUAUCCAAACUAUAAUUCCCCAAAAACAGCCGCCAUCGCCGCCGCCGGCGAUGAAACGUUGAAUAAGUGGAAGAAGGCAAGGCGGAUCUCGUCGAAGAGGCCGGCGCAAUAGCAGAUUCAUCUUUCUACACACACAACCACUCCAAAUAUCUAAGCCACGAUGGAUCUGGUGAAUGCAUCAAUGAAUGGCGCAACCAACGUAGAAGAUAUGGCUACGGUUGAUGAGCUGUUCGCGAAGGUUGAGCAACUUGAGCAAAGAGUAAAUGAAGUUGAACAGUUUUACUCAAGUGCAACUACAAAGCAACCAAGCACUUCCAGAAACACUUCGAAAGUAAAGGAGAAGGAAAAGGAAAAGGAGAAGCAUGUUUAUAGCAUGAAAAGACUACAACAGGAUGCUUCACGUAGAGAAGCUGCUGCUGCUAAGAGAAUGCAAGACCUUAUGCGCCAGUUUGGAAGUGUAUUUCGUCAGAUCACGGGGCUGCAGAAGUUGGCUUGGCCCUUUAUGCACCCAGUAGAUGUUGCAGGACUUGCGUUGAAUGAUUACUAUAAGAUCAUUGACAGACCAAUGGAUUUCAGUACUAUAAAAAACCAAAUGGAAACCAAUGAUGGUACUGGAUACAAGCAUGUUCGCGAGAUAUGUGCUGAUGUGCGAUUGGUUUUUAAAAAUGCAAUGAAGUACAAUGAUGAAAAGAGUGAAGUUCAUAAAAAGGCAGUGCGAUUACUAGAAAUUUUUGAGGAGAAGUGGCUAAAGUUUUUGCCAAAAGUUACAGAAGAGGAAGAAAGACGAGAACAGGAGGAAGCUGAAGCAAAAGCAAACAUGCAGCUUGCUCUGGAGGCUUUUCAUGCGAAGCUGGCCAGGGAAAUAAGUACUGAGCUUUAUGACAUUGAUAUGCAUAUAGACGAGCUCCGAGAAAUGGUUGUUAAACAGUGCAGGAACAUAACCAUAAUGGAAAAAAGAAAGCUAGGAAUUGCUCUCGCCAACUUAUCUCCCGAAGAUCUCAAUAAGGCACUGGAGAUCGUAGCUCAAGGUAACCUCGACUUCCAAGCAAAUGAUGAAGAGGUGGAGCUUGAUAUCAAUGCUCAGAGUGAAUCAACGCUGUGGAGGUUGAAGUUUUUCGUGAAAGACAUACUAAAAGAACAGCCUGGAGGUUCGAGCAAGGAUGCCAACAACAAUAUCUCCUCUCCAAAUGCUGCUGACAACUAUCAUAAUAUCAGCUCCAAGCAUAAGCGCGAGACUUGUGAUGCCCUUGCCAAGACUGCCAAGAAUAAUAUCACCUCUCCGACUGGAGGUUCAAGCAAGGAUGCCAACAAGAAUACCACCUCACCAAAAGCUGCUGACAAGGAUCAUAACAUCAUCUCCAAGCGUAAGCGCGGGAGUUGUGAUGCUCCGGCCAAGACUGCCAAGAAUAAUAUCACCUCGCCAAAUUCUUCUGACAGCGAUCAAAACAUCAUCUACAAGCGUAAGCGCUAAAACUGUGAUGCCCUUGCCAAGACUACCAAAAAGGAAGACAGAGCCCUCGUUAUAGUGCACAUAAACAGAGUAAGUAGAAUACAGGCUUUAACUUGAGGAUAGAUGGACAACCAUACAUGUAGCAGGUAGCAGAGGGCUAGUUUGGAAUUUGAGAGCAGCUGCAGUAUCCGACCUAUGAAACCUCGCGGUAUGGUGAAUUCCCAUUUCUGCCCUUGUGAUGAUUCCUUGAAAUUUUUUUUCAUUGAUUCUUAGGAUAUUGCAAUGACUACAAUAAAUGACGAGAUUUGACUAUUUGGAUUUG